ACCAAAAAAAAUGUUUAAAUGUUUUUCACAUUUACCUACACAUAUUUUAAGAAAAUCAGCUGACUUGCAUCUUAUAGUCGUAAAAUGCACUGUUUUACUCAUUUAGACAUCAAGUGUAUAAACUUUGUAACCUGUCUAGUCCUUGUACUCCCCAAACCGAAAUGUAUUUCUUUUAAUUUAUUUAAAUUUUGUAAAUUAUUUACGUAGCUUGACCUCGCGACUGCUUGUGUAUUAUACACCACGAUAUGUAUCUGUAUACAGGAUACAGAUGAAUUUUUUUGUAGUAUCUAGAACGCCACAAAUCAAUUCAGACUUCUUACACAUUCCAAUUUACAAUGGCAAACGUACUCGAGCACGGAAUUACCUAACUAACUAUAAGAAUAUAUCUGUAUAUCUAAACAAAUUGUAUCUACAUGUAUCUAACGCUUUGAAAACUUAUUAAUCCGCGCGCGGACAAUAAAUCAAUGUUAUGUACUUAAACGAUUGUGAAGGAAAGUCUUCCUGGUUCAGGUUGUCAAGGAACAUUUAGUUUGAUUACGGUUCGGAAAAGUAUUUCUCCAAAGAUAGCAAAUUAAUGGUUGAGCCCAAGAUAUGACAGAUGUCCGGAAAGGGGGAGAUCAUUCAGAUCCACAUCGGCCAGGCCGGUGUGCAGAUAGCCAACGCAUGUUGGGAGCUCUUUUGCCUGGAGCAUGGGAUUAUGGCCAACGGAAGACUAGCGCAAACACCCGUGGACGACUCAUUCCUGACGUUCUUCGAGUUCACCAGCAGUCAACCAUGCGUGCAGCCGCGACUUGUUAUGAUCGACACGGAACCCACAGUUAUAGAUGAAAUUCGCACAGGUUCCUACCGCAAUCUCUUUCAUCCGGACACUUUGAUCUCGGGCAAGGACGAUAGUGGCAGUAACUUUGCCCGGGGCUACAAUUUGAUGGCCAGCGAGUUGCUGGAUCGCUCCAUGAAUGCCAUUCGUCGGGUGGCCGAUCGUUGCCGGAACCUCAGGGGUUUCCUGGUCUUCCGGGCGAUUGGCGGGGGUUCCGGUUCUGGUUUGGGCACCCGCAUCAUGGAGAGACUCGUAGACGACUUUGGCAAGAAGAUGACCGUUGUGGAAUUCCUGGUCUAUCCCUCGCCUUCGAUCUCCCCGGUUAUCGUGGAGCCGUACAAUGCCCUGCUGGCUGCCCAUUUCUCAAUGGACUGCACCGAUGUCUCGUUUAUAGUGGACAACGAGGCGCUGUACGACAUCUGUGCGAAUACGCUCAAUGUCCCGGCACCCACAUACACGAAUCUGAAUAGGAUAAUCGGACAGGUUGUCUCCAGCUUUACGGCCUCACAGCGUUUUGGCGGCGGAUCGACCGUGAGUUUCCAGGAGCUGCAGACGAACCUCGUGCCAUACCCUCGAAUCCACUAUCCGCUGAUCAACUACGCACCGUUGGUACCCAUUUCGCACUCGCAGUUUGUCAACAUGUCGACGGCCCAGCUGACGGGACAGUGCUUCCAGAUGAGCAACCAGAUGGUGCGCUGCAAUCCCAGUCAUGGCAAGUACAUGGCCAGUGUGCUCCUCUACCGCGGGGACAUCGCGCCCAAUGAGAUCAACACGGCGCUGGAGAACAUCAAGAGGAACAGGUCUUUCAGAUUCGUCGACUGGUCGCCCACGGGCUUCAAGAUCGGCGUGAGCCCCAUGCCGCCGUAUUAUGUCCCUGGCGGGGAUCUGGCGCCCACCAAUCGCGCCUGCGUGGCCAUCUCGAACAACACGAACAUCCGGAUCGCCUGGUGCCGCCUGGUCAACAAGUUCGACAAGCUCUAUCAGCGGCGGGCCUUCGUCUACCACUAUGUGGGCGAGGGGCUCGAGGAGGGCAACUUCAACGAGGCCUCCGAGAAUAUCUGCCAGCUGGUGCACGAUUAUCUGGAGGUGGAUGCCUCGGCCCCAACAUCGCGGCGCGAUUCCGAUCCGGACGAAGAGUGAAGGUCAUUUGGCAGCUUUAAACUAAAAAAUA